UCUCCCUCUCCCAUUCCCUUCUCCCUCUCCCGUUUCCCCUCCGUCCUCUCCCGGCGCCUGCGCGCGGCGCGUCCGGGCGGAUCCGGCGGAAGCGCGGGGAAGGUUCCGGGGCCGCGAUGGCUCCGGACCCCUGGCUCCCGCAGCUCGCCGCCGCUCGCCAGCUGGCCCAGGACAUCGCCGAGAGGAUCCAGGAGCGGAACCGCUACCAGCGGAGCGGGGAGAGCUCGGCCAAGGUCAAUGUGGCCAUCAGGUCCUCGCUGCAGAGCCUCAGGGAGAAGAUUGAGCAGCUGAGGGAGCUGCUGCUGCGGGCGGUGUCGACGCGCCAGAUCACGCAGCUGGAGGGAGACAGGAGGCAGAAUUUGGUGGACGAGCUCCUGACACGGCACAAACAGCUCGAGGCAUCCUACAGGAAUGAAGGCUUGGAGCCAGACAUGAGCAGAUCCAGCCUCAUGGCAGGAGGGGCCAAACGAGGCAUCACCAACCCUUGGCUCUUGGAAGAAUCGGAGGAGACCAGAGGACUUGGCUUUGAUGAGCUUAGGCAGCAGCAGAGAAGGAUCAUUGAAGAACAAGAUGCUGGACUCGAUGCUCUUUCUUCAAUCAUAUCCCGGCAAAAACAAAUGGGGCAGGAAAUUGGGAAUGAGCUGGAUGAGCAGAACGAGAUCAUCGACGACCUCACGAACCUGGUGGAGAACACGGACGGGCGGCUGCGCACCCAGACCCGGCACGUGAAGCUGGUGGACAAGAAAUCCACGUCCUGUGGGAUGCUGGUGGUGAUCGUGCUGCUGCUGAUCGCCAUUGCCGUGGUCGCGCUCUGGCCCACGGGUUAACCCCAGCCCCGCCGGGGCAGCUGCUCCAGGGGAGCACCAGGGCUCCGGGGAGGGCCCUGCCGUGUGCAGGGACCUUCUGUGCUGGGAACCAACUCCGUCCUUGGGAAUGAACUCCACAGCUGGCAAUAAGCUCCACAGCAGCAGCCCGGAGCAGCAUCCACCAGACAUCCGCUGUCCUCGGGGCAUGGCUCAGGAGCUCGGCGGGAUCUGGAGGAUUUCAGUGGGAGAAGAGGAUUUCAUCCCACUCUUCCCACCUUCCUCUGGCACUCAGGCAGCUGCAGCUGUAGGAUGGACCCACCUCUUCUGCAUCUGCAUCUGGGGACACGCUGGUGCUGCUGCUCUGCCCAUCUCCCUGAGCUCAGACAUCCCAGGAGCUUCAAGUAGCAAAAUCCAGGAGUGGUUUGGAGAGGAGCAAGGUUCCCCUGCUUUGGGAUCCCUCCUUGAGAGAAAAGGCUCCGUGGUUUUCCAGGAAUGGUCUUGGGGAGUGACUGCAUCUGGAUUCUCACAGGAUGGGAAGCGACAGCCCUGCAGGACCCCCGUGGGCUGCACAGAAUUGCUGGUGACUGGGUCAGUGCUCGGCCCUUGGGGGGAGGUAUUGGUGGGUUAUUGAUCUCCAGGGAUAGUUAUUGGCAAGCUAUUGAUCUCCAGGGAUAGUUACUGGUGAGUUACUGAUCUCCAGGGAUAGUUACUGGUGAGUUAUUGAUCUGUAGGGGUAGUUAUUGGUGAGCUAUUGAUCUCCAUGGAUAGUUAUUGGUGAGCUAUUGAUCUCCAUGGAUAGUUACUGGUGAGUUACUGAUCUGCAGGGAAGGGAGUUGAACAGCAGCAGGACUCAGCCCAGCCUGUGAGAGCGGAGAGCUUUGCCCUCAGUGCUCCCCAGGGGCUCUGCCAGCCUGGCCUUGGGAGAUGCAUCAGAAUUAACCUCCUCACUGAGCUCUGUCUCUUCCUUUGACAGCUCCUCCCACCCUUCCACAGCUGAGAGGAAGGAUUAUCUAUUUCAAAACUAAUGCAAAAUAAGUAUUAAAUGUUUGCUUCUGGCCAAGAGAAUAAUUAUUUUGUUACACAUGUCAGUUUGAUUACAGGAUUAAUAGAGCAAGCAAUAAAUACUGAUUAAAGCUGAUCCAUUUAUAUACA